UAUUAAGUCAUUUUAGUUAAGACUUCAGCAUGUAUAAAUUCGAUCAGGAGUAAAGCAUAUCUUGAUUAGGCAGCUGCUUAAUUAGCCACCUCCAAGAAGAGAUUAAACAAAAAUCCUUUUUAAACUAUUUUUUGUACCCAAAAUUUACAAAUUAUCCUUUAUGGCGUACCAAUGCCUCAAUGUUUGCACACUGCUUGUCCUAGUCAGUUUAUUAUUAGUGCUUAAUUCUCCUCAUGUGAGAGGAAGAAGCCUUGAAACUUUGACCAGAGAUGGUUCAUCUCCUGUGGAGGGAACAGCCAAAAGCAUCAAGGGUAACAAUGGAGAAAUGGUGGAUUGUGUUGAUAUAUACAAGCAGCCAGCUUUAGGCCAUCCACUCUUAAAGGAUCACAUAAUACAGAUGGACCCGAGUGCAUCUCCUAGUAAAACGAAUGGAAGCAACUCUGCAGGGCAGGACUUCAUACAGCCAUGGAAUAGAAAUGGUAUGUGCUCUGAAGGGACUGUUCCUAUCCAAAGAAGGCAGCUUCAAGACACACAUAGGUCAUUCAGAGGUCCGCACCAUGAGUAUGCCGGUGUGGUAGCAUUGCCAUCAACAGAGCCAAGGUUAUAUGGAGGAGGCGGCCAACUGAGUGUCUGGAAUCCUGCUGUAUCCAGAUUAGAGGACCACAGUGCAUCUGCUUUGACUGUGGUGCUGAGUGAAGGAUCUACGUAUAUAGCCGCAGGAUGGAUUGUACACCCUGAAUUAUACGGUGACUUCCAAACAAGAUUUUUCGUCUACUGGACAAGUGAUGAUUCCGUAAAUACUGGUUGCUUUGACCUUCAUUGUGAGGGUUUCGUGCAAGUGAACAAUAGAGUUGCUCUUGGCGCCCCUAUGGAAUCAGUUUCGACAAUAGGCGCGAAGAGCUUCCUUUCCCUCAGAAUACUUAUUUUCCUGGAUAAAGAGACCGGAAAUUGGUGGCUUAGUUUUAGGGGCGAACAAAUAGGGUACUGGCCUGCCGCCCUGUUCAGCGGCAUACCAGAAGGAGCAGCGAGAGUAUCAUGGGGAGGACAAAUCUUUGACUCUAUAGGGAAUGGGCAACACACGGAAACGGACAUGGGUAACGGAUUAUUCCCCGAUGUGGGAACGAACAAAGCUAGUGUUGUUUGUGCCCUGGAAUACGUGGAUAGUUCACUCACACGCCACACUCCAUCCCGAUCAACACUAAGGCUAGACGUGACUAAUCCUUUGUGUUAUGAUGUACAGCUCCUCCCUAGUUUAGACCCCAAAAGUGGCCUUUGUUUCUUAUUUGGUGGCUCUGGCCGAAAUCCAACAUGUCCUUAAUUACUAUCUCAUGCAUCAUGCGUAUAAUUUGUGUUACAUGAUUAAUGUAGUUUUCGUCAUGGACGACUGACUGAGUGUGUUUGUACAGAAUAUGUGUCCUGUGUAAAUGAGCAAAGGUUGUGCAAA